AUGUCCAACAUUGCAAAGCUCGAAUUUGCAGCACUUGAAGUUAGUGGGAAAAACUAUGUGCCAUGGAUGAUAGAUGUAAAAAUGCAUCUUGAGUUCAUGGGAAUCUCAAAUGCUAUAGAUGAAUUUAAUAAUUGUUUGGCACAAGACAAAGCAAAAGCACAAGUUUUUCUUCGUAAGCAUAUUGAUGAAAUGUUAAGAUUUGAAUAUCUUGAUGUUACUGAUCCAAGUAUUCUCUGGAAUCUUUUGAAAGAAAUAUUUGAUCAUCAAAAGGAAGUUAUACUUCCAAAUGCUAGAGAUGAAUGGAGAACACUGAGGUUUCAAGACUUCAAGAAAGUAAAUGAAUACAACUCAGCUUUGUUCAGAAUAUGUUCACAACUCAAAUAUUGUGGACAAGAAGUUACUGAUGAAGAUAUGUUGGAGAAAACUUACUCCACAUAUCAUGCAACAAACAUUACCUUGAUGCAACAAUAUCGGAUGCAAAAGUUCACAAGAUAUUCUAAACUAAAUACAUGCCUGCUUGUUGCAGAGCAAAACAACGAGCUCUUGAUGAAAAACCAUGAAUCUCGUCCAACAGGAUCGGUAGCACUUCCUGAAGCAAAUGCUACAAAUACUGAUGGUCAUCGAAACAAUACACGUGGACGAGGGCGAGGCCGUGGCCGAGGACGAGGCCGUGGCUAUUUUAAUCGAAACCAAAGCCAUAAUCAGAACCAUAACUUUGGUCGUGGACAAAGUAAUAAUUGUGGUCGUGGACAGAAAAGGAAUAAUUACCAAUCUUCACAAAGAAACAAUGUCCAUACACAAGAUAAGGCCAAAGUGGCAAGACAUGAUACUGGGACAUCACAAAUUCAUGUUAUAGAUGUGGUAGCAUAG